GUUGAAUGUCAUUUUUGUUUUUUGUUAGGAAUCCAGAGCUUGUCCUUCAUGAUUUAGUAGAAGUAGAAACUAAGAUUAAUGGCUUAUUGGUUGGUGAACCUGAGUCUAAGACUGCUAUUUCUAGUACUGAAUUUAGCCAGAGGGUAUGCUGCAUCAGCAGAUGAUCCAGUGCGUGUAGGCUACUACUGCCCCAGAGACGGCUACUCUUACACGGCAGGAAGCAUGUUUCAUGAAAAUCUAAACGACACCCUUGUUACCCACCUGGUUGCCAACGCCUCGCGUGUGGCGUUCUCAAGGUUCACCACAGGAGAAGGCAUUGACCAAGUUUAUGCUAUGUACUACUGCCGAGGGGAUGUGAAUCUAGAAGCCUGUCAUGAUUGUGUGCAGACUGCAACAGCAAGAAUACUAGAUGUUUGCAACAGGUUAAAACAAGGCAUUGUUUGGUACCAAGAAUGCACCUUACGAUAUGCCAACCACACCAUCUUCUCCCUCACAAAUCAGGAUCUUACCAUUAGUUUCCCAAAUUUUAACAACACCCCUGUUCUAGGAAACUAUCUUGAUGACUAUCGGUCCACAUUUGACAGCACCAUGAGAAACCUCAUUGAUCGAGCUGCUAAUAAUGCAAGCCUUAGACCGGUUGGAUUUGCUACAGCACAAGUCAAUCUCUCGUCAUUUCAGAGCUUAAGGGGGAUCGUUCAGUGCGCUCCCAUCAUUUCUGGAAUUUUCUGUCAGAGAUGCCUCACCGCGGCACUUACACUAAUUGAUCUUUGGACUAACUCUAUGGAGUUUCUUCCAGCUUGUUUUGUUGGCUUUGAAAUAUACGGAUUACCUCCUUCAACCCUUCCUUCCCCUUCAUCACCCCUAGCAGUGCGCUAUAAGGUCCUUAUUGCCGUGCUAUCUGCUGUUGUAAUUCUAUCACUUCUGGUAGGCUUUUGGUUUUGGAAACGUCAUUCUUCGAAAGGGAACCCACAUCCACCACCUGGACAAGAGAAAAACGAUCACAUCCACGAUUUAGAUGAAUAUGAUGCAUCAGCUGAAGACAAUCUAGAACUUAUCGAGAAAGGGAGGCAGCAUGGAUUGACACAGUACACCUACUAUCAAGUGGAGGACAUGACAAACGGAUUCAAUAAACAAUUAGGCGAAGGUGGCUUUGCAGUCGUCUAUCAUGGUAUUUUAGCAGAGAGCAGCAGGGAAGUUGCAGUCAAGGUGUUCUCAAAGAGUGAGGCCCCUAAACAAUUUAGCACUGAGAUAGAAGUGCUUGGACGAAUUUCUCACAAGAACUUGGUUUCUCUAGUUGGAUAUUGUGAAGAAGAAACCAACUUGGCACUUAUAUAUGAGUUCAUGGAUAGGGGAGACUUGAAAGCUCUUCUGUCAGAACAUUCAGAUUCCCUAAGCUGGAAAAAGAGAAUUGAGAUAGCGAUCGACACAGCUCAAGGACUGGAUUACUUGCAUAAUGGUUGCAGCCCGCCUAUAGUGCAUAGAGAUGUGAAACCCGCAAAUAUACUUCUAAACAAAGAAUUCCGAGCAAAGGUAGCUGAUUUUGGGUUUUCCAAAAUAUUUCCAGCAGAAUACGUUUCAAAUUUACAGACAAGGGUGGUGGGAACACUAGGUUAUCUUGAUCCUCAGUAUAAUUUAACAGGAAAUGUGAAUGAAAAAGGUGAUGUUUACAGCUUCGGCGUAGUCCUGCUGGAGCUAAUCACAGGCAAAACAGCAAUAGUGAACAGAGUGAUGAAUUUGGGGAUAUGGGUUAGAAGCGUGCUCGAAACAGGGGAUAUUGGAAGCAUACUGGAUACAAGACUAAGACAAGAUGUAGAUGACAACUAUAUCACUGUUUGGAAAACAGUAGAGUUAGCUGUGAAAUGUAUUCAGUUAGAAAGUGCAGAAAGACCAACAAUGACUCAAAUUGUUGCAGAUCUCAAAGAAUGCUUGAUUAUGAUCAACACUGGAAGUUCUAGUUCAGCUAAAGAUUCACUAGAGAUGAUGAGUGCUGCUGUUUCAAGUAGUACAAUGUCUCCCACACCACGUUAACUAGCACAUUUUCUUGUUUAUCCCAUUCUUUAUUAUAGAAGUAACAUUUACAUUCAUAAAGCUUCUCAAAGAGUGCCUAUAUUUAGCUUUGUGUAUUAUCUUAAUGUUUUCUGGUUUGUAUAUUACCAAACAUAAAGCUUCUCAUAUACUCACUGAUCAACAAAAAAUCCUACAAUUUCUUUUCUGAAAAGAAAAUCUUAUACCAAAAUAUAUAAGAUGUUGCGUAUCGUAUAAAAAAAAUAUAAUGGAAGUGCAACCACAAAAAAGGGUUUCUUACAGAAGAGAGCUUCAGAGUUGAUGGGAAACAUAUGAAUACCAGUAGAGGUGGAUAUGGGCCAGGCUGGCCUGGCACGAGCCCGCUCGAGGUUCGGCCCGGCCCAUUGUCCGCUACGUGGGCCGCGGGCUUGUCACGGGCAAGAAAUUUUAUUUUAGACCCGCAUUGGCACGAACCCGUGUUCAAAGAUCUAGGACUAGCUCUACAUAUUUCUAGAUGCCACUGCAACUGCUUUUGAUAUUCUUCCAUCAAAUAAAAAAAAAAUUACAAUUCUACACAACCUAUUCAUAACUACAGCAACAAACCAACAACAGCUUCAAAAUAUUAUAGUACACUCCCCCCACCCCCCUUUACCCUUCUAUUCUCUUCCCAAGUGACUUUUACCCUCUGGAAUAUGACAACAAGGAAAGUACCUCAGGAGUCAGGAUCGUCGAAAUUCGAAACCUUGGCCAUAUCAAAGGCGGUUCUACUUUCUGCAUCCACAGCCUGAGGAUCUGCACCCCUGAUAAGUGAUUCAACAAAUUAUACACACAUUAGUUAGAAUGCUAAAACAUCGUGAUUUAGUACAGGUUGCAAAUGUUGUCCUUUUUCACAGCAUUCACAUAAACAGAAGCACACAUUUACUAGAUGUCCCCCAAGGAUACCUGAUAUUGCGAGGCCAUCAUGUAUAAUAAUCUUUGAACGUCGCCAUCAUGUAUAAUAAUCUUUGAACCUCGCCAGUACGAUGUGCCUGCAAGAUGAUACUCCAAGCACGGGGUGGGUCCCCGUGGCGGAGCCUCCGACGCUCAAGUCAAUACCCAAAGAUGAAUCAAUAUCAUAGAGAAAAUAGGGUAAUUUGUAGAGAGUGGAGAGAUAUCCCUUUACCUUGAUCGUAAGUCCCCUAUUUAUAAUAGUGACUUAUUAGGUUAGAUAGAGUAAAUGAGCCUCUUAGGACCUACGGCCC